GCCUGUUUGUCUUAUAAUUUCUUUACAAUAUUACUUAUCAUGGCGCGUGUUAUCGCAGAAAUUCUAAUAUUUCUCUUAUUUACUCAUGACAUCAAUGCUCUGGCACUAGAGGCUGAUGGGAGUUGUCCAUCGUUAGCUAAUAUAAGUUGUAAGGAUGGAAUCUUACUACCUUUAUGGCAGCCAAAGGAUAAUAUCACCACUCUUCAAAGGGCGAUCCGCGCUAUUGUAUAUUUUCUUUCCUUGAUGUAUUUAUUUCUUGGAGUCUCAAUUAUCGCGGAUCGUUUUAUGGCUGCCAUCGAAGUUAUUACAAGCCAAGAAAAAGAGGUUCGACUGAAGACGAAGUCGGGGGAAAUUCAAGUCAUAACUGUACGUAUUUGGAAUGAAACUGUUUCAAAUUUAACUCUCAUGGCUCUUGGCUCUUCAGCUCCGGAAAUCCUACUUUCCAUCAUUGAAAUUUGCGGAACGAAUUUUGAAGCCGGUGAAUUAGGUCCUGGAACAAUUGUUGGCUCUGCAGCAUUCAACCUAUUUGUUAUUAUAGGCCUUUGCAUUGUUGUCAUCCCCGUAGGGGAAGUUCGCCGUGUAAAACAUUUUGGGGUCUUCGUUGUAACGGCCGUGUGGAGUAUCUUCGCAUAUCUCUGGCUUUACUUCAUUAUUUCCGUCACCUCAAAAGGUGUUGUAGAGUUUUGGGAGGCUCUUCUUACUUUCCUCUUUUUUCCGGUUACUGUUCUUACAGCUUAUAUUGCUGAUAUUAAACUAUUUCAGAAGAAAUUUUUGUCAAAGAAAUACAAAGCCAGUAGGAAGGCUAGGUAUAUUGUGAAAAAUGAUGGUGAUUUAGAAGCUAAUGGAAAGUUUGCGAACUCUGAGGGUGGUUCAAUAACCAGCGAAGAGUCCCUCGAAGAAGACUUUGAGAAAACGCGGAUGGAAUACAUUGAAACAAUCAAGCAUAUCCGUAAAAGGAACCCUAACAUUGAUCCUAGAGAAUUGGAGGAACUUGCUCAGAUUGAGGUUCUCAAUAAAGGUCCGAAAUCUCGGGCCUUCUAUAGAAUCCAAACUACAAGAAAGCUAACAGGAAGCGGAAAUGUUGUGAAUAAGGCCCAAAUUGAAAAGAAACUCGCUAUAAAGCAAGAAGAAGUGAAGGAUGUCUACGGUCCCGAGGUGCAGCAAAUUUAUUUCAAUCCUGGUCACUAUACCGUAAUGGAGAAUGUUGGCAGCUUCAUGGUCACUGUGUCACGAAAAGGUGGUGAUCUUCGAAAUGAAGUAGCUGUUGAUUACGCCACUGAGGAUGGAACAGCUAUCGCACAUGAGGACUACGAGCCAACUAACGGAACUCUUGUUUUUCGUUCGCAUGAACAACAUAAACAAAUAAUUUUAACUGUUAAAGACGAUGAUAUUUUUGAAGAAGAUGAGCACUUCAAUGUUCGGUUGAGCAAUCUCCGGGUCAUUCGAAGUAAUGAAGAGAAUCCAAUUUGUAAGAUUGUUGAUCCGUCAGUUGCGACUAUCAUGGUUCUCGAUGAUGACCACUGUGGCAUUUUCCACUUUAAUGAGGAGUCGGUUGAAAUUAGUGAAUCUUGCGACAACGCCGUCUUUACUGUGGUCCGCAGUUCAGGCGCCCGUGGCUGCGUUAGAGUCCCUUUCAAAACUCUUGACGGAACUGCCCGUGGAAACGGCAAAGACUACUUAAACGUCUCUGGUACUAUCGAAUUUCAGGAUGGUCAAACUGAGUAUGUCUAUUUUAAAUUUAACUCGGGCUUUCCUCUGUCCUAG